AUGAAGACCUUCUCCAUCCUCGCCAUGGGCCUGCUCGCCCUCCAAUCCUUCGCCUUCGGGCUCACCAUGGCCCCCGAGCACACACCAUCGUCUGUGGCCGGCGGUGGCCGCGGCGGUAACGGCGGCAAGGGAGGCAACGGCGGUGCUGGAGGUGCCGGCGGCGGCUCCGGUGGCAAGGGGGGAAAUGGUGGCGCUGGGGGCAAGGGUGGUGAUGGUGGCCCCGGGGGCGUCGGCGGCGCUGGCGGAGACGGGGGUGCUGGUGGUGCUGGUGGAGCAGCGCUGGCCUCUGGCCUCACCAUCUCGCCCUCGGCGUCGGCCACGGCGCUGGCCGGUGCCGGCGGUGAGGGAGGCAGUGGCGGCAACGGAGGCGACAAUGGUGGCGGCGCAGGAGGCGACGGUGGCAAUGGCGGUGAGGGAGGCGAGGGACCUGGCGGUGGAGCCGGCGGCGGCGGAGGCAGCGGUGGCAGCGGCGGCUCCGACCCCGGCGGCGGUGCGGGCGGCAAGGGCGGUAGCGGCGGCAAGGGCGGGGCUGGUGGCCAAGCUGGCACCUCGAGCGGCAUUUCCAGCAGCACCACCGCCAGCGCGCCUACCACCUCCCCGACGUCUGAGCCGGUAUGGGAGCAGUACGGCCACGCCCUCAAGUGGAACGCACCGUACACCGACCUAAACCUCUGUGGGCCGGCCCAUGGGCCAGAUGAGUUGCUGGUCCAGACGCCCAUCGGUCAGAAGCGCGCGAAGUGCAACGGGACUGUCUCUAUCAAGGGCGCCGUCUUUGGCGUUAUCAUGAAGGGACGCAUUACGGGCACCUGCUUCGAGUGCGGCGGGUCGGACAUCCAAGUUUCCCUCCCUAUUUGGGAGAAGAUCUCGCCCGAGUUCGACGAAUCCGCCAUCGCCGCGUACUGGAGCUUUGAUGACUAG